UGGGGUUGAGUCAGUUGCUAGUAGGGGGGGAAGCGACUGGUCCUCCGACUUCCCGAACCGCAGCCAGCUGAAGCAGGAAGCGAGCGAGCGGUGAGCCCAGGCUGGUGUCUGUGCCCUUCUCGCAGCCCCGGCGCUUCGCCAUCUCUCCAUUCUCCCCCCACCCGCUUCGGCUCCUCCCACUCCCUCCCCUGGACAGCCCCCUCCCCCCCAGGCAAACCGCCGCCUCGGGCGCGCCCCCGCUCCCCCUGCGCUGUCUCUUCGAUGGCGGCCGCUGGUGGGGCCAUGGCCAAGCACGAGCAGAUCCUGCUCCUCGACCCGCCCACAGACCUCAAAUUUAAAGGCCCCUUCACAGAUGUAGUCACUACAAAUCUUAAACUACGAAAUCCAUCAGAUAGAAAAGUAUGUUUCAAAGUGAAGACAACAGCACCUCGUCGGUACUGUGUGAGGCCGAACAGUGGAGUUAUUGAUCCAGGGUUGACUGUAACUGUUUCAGUAAUGCUACAGCCUUUUGACUACGAUCCAAAUGAGAAGAGUAAACACAAGUUUAUGGUACAGACGAUUUUUGCUCCAACAAACACUGCAGAUAUGGAGACUGUGUGGAAAGAAGCAAAGCCUGAUGAACUGAUGGAUUCUAAAUUGAGAUGCAUAUUUGAAAUGCCCACUGAAAAUGAUAAAUUGCUUGAUAUGGAAAACAAAGCUGUUCCAGUGAAUGCAAAACCAGAUAAACAGUAUAGUAGUACUUCACUCAAUGAUACUGAAACAAGAAAAUUAAUGGAAGAGUGUAAAAGACUUCAAGGAGAAAUGAUGAAAUUAACAGAAGAAAAUCGACACUUGAGGGAUGAAGGUUUAAGGCUCAGAAAGGUAUCAGCACCACCACCACCACCACCACCACCACCACCACCACCACCAGUGGAAAAACCAAGCUCAGGCGUGAUUCCUUCACUUCUUGUUGUAAUUGCAGCCAUUUUCAUUGGAUUCUUUCUAGGGAAAUUCAUCUUGUAGAGUGAAGCAUGCAGAGUGCUGUUUCCUUUUUUUUUUCUUGACCAGAAAAAGAUUUGUUUACCUACCAUUUCAUUGGUAGUAUGGCCCACAGUGACCAUUUUUUUUUUUUUUUUUUUUUGUGUACAGCGUCAUAAUAGGCUUUGCCUUUAAUGAUCUCUCACGGAUAGAAAACAAUAAAAACAAACUGUUCGGCUACUGGACAAAUUGUAUAUUAUCAGAUCAUCAAUAGCAGGUGUCAGUUGCACAUUCAGUCCUUUAUGAAAUUCAUAAAUAAAGAAUUGUUCUUUCUUUGUGGUUUUAAUAAGAGUUCAAGAAUUGUUCAGUCUUGUAAAUGUUAUUUUAAUAAUCCCUUUAAAUUUUAUCUGUUGCUGUUACCUCUUGAAAUAUGAUUUAUUUAGAUUGCUAAUCCCACUCAUUCAGGAAUAUGCCAAGAGGUAUUCUGUGGGGAAAUGGUGCCUCUUACAGUGUAAAUUUUCUCCUUUACCUUUGCUAAUAUCAUGGCAGAAUUUUUCUUAUCCCUUGUGAGGCAGUUGUUGACUGAGUUUUUCAUCCUUACAAUCCUGUCCCAUGGUAUUUAACAUAAAAAAAUAAAACUGUUAACAGAU